AUGACAGACCCUGUGAAAGAGAAGAAGGAAACUCUUGGUGAGGUGUUGAAUGGGGAUCGAUUGGUUUCUGCUCCAUAUAAGAUCGACUUUCUAGUAGACAAAUAUUCUCAAGUGGCAUGCAGAAAGAUGCUAACAAAGGAAGAAGUAUCUCGGUUUCGAAAUGCGGUUGUAAAGGAUUAUUUCAUUCAAAUGUACUUUGAUGACUUACCAAUAAAGGCUUUCAUUGGAAAGACUGACCAUGGUGGUGUAGUUGAACAAAUCCAGUACAAAUAUUUGCUUUUCAAACAUUUGCAUUUUCAUAUUUUUUUCAACAAGGACCGUGUGAUUGAGGUCGCUGUUAGAACAGACCCUCAGUUCUUUGUGGACAUAUCAGAGGACAAGGAAGUUGACGUUGAGUUCAUGUACACUGUGAACUGGAAAGAAAUACAAAUUCCUUUUGAGAAAAGAAUGGAGAGAUACUCAUUAUCUUCGACACUGCCUCGUCACUUGGAAAUUCAUUGGUUUGCGAUUAUGAACUCAUGUGUGACCAUUGUCCUAUUAGUUGGCUGUUUUGUGACCUUUUACAUACGAGUCCUUAAGAAAGAUAUUAUGAAAUAUGCACAAGAUGAGGAAUUAUCUGACAACCAAGAAGAGACUGGAUGGAAAUACAUCCAUGGCGAUGUGUUUCGUAUGGUAUUCGUUCUCAUUCUAGGACUGGCUGGCAUAUUCUAUCCAUACAACCGAGGUCGUUUGUUAACUGCACUAGUGGUCAUAUAUGCAAUUACAUCUGUGAUAGCUGGUUAUACUGCAGUUUCUUUCUAUUGUCAGCUUGAAGGACCAAACUGGGUUUAUAACUUGGGUAUCUAUUUUUAUAACGGACUUUGCGUACUAAUGAGGUCACUCGGUUUUUGGGUUGACAGGGUAACUGCAGCACUUCCUCUGGGUACUAUUGCUUUAAUAUUUCUCAUAUGGAUAUUUUUUGCAUCACCUUUGCUUUUGCUGGGCGGUAUUGCUGGAAAAAACAGUAAGUCUGAGUUUCAUGCCCCCUGCCGCACCAGUAAAUGUCCCAGAGAGAUUCCAACACUGCGUUGGUACAGGGGCCUUCUUCCUCAGAUGGCAUUGGCAGGCGUUCUUCCUUUUGGUGUUAUCUACCUCGAGAUAUACUAUAUAUUUGCCAGCAUUUGGGGUCAUCGGGUUUACUCAACAUAUGGUAUCUUGUGCAUUGUCUUUGUUCUUCUUCUGGUUGUGACUGCUUUUGUGGCUUUGGCUUUGACAUAUUUUCUGCUUGCUGCUGAAGAUCAUGAAUGGUGGUGGAGGUCUUUUCUUUGCGGUGGAUCAACUGGCUUGUUUAUCUACGGCUACUGCUUUUAUUAUUACUUCACACGAACAGAUAUGAAUGGCCUCCUGCAAAGUUCCUUCUUCUUUGGUUACAUGGCUUGCAUCUGCUAUGGUAUAUUUCUCAUGCUUGGGACCGUGGGCUUUCGUGCAUCUUUAGUCUUCAUUCGUUACAUCUAUGGGUCGAUCAAGUGUGAAUAG